UCAUUUUCUGUUUUGCAGAUGCUAUUAUGCAUGGCCACGGAUUUCAGAAACAAAGCAGAUCGACUUUUAAUGGAAAGCAGCUAGCUUAUAUAAAAUCAAUAGGUUACCGGGAGGUUUCCCGUUUCAUUCCCGUCAUGCAAUUAUUAUAGAAAUGGUGGCCGCCUAAAGCUCAGAAUUGUGUUCAUUGGAUACGUGAAUUUGUGCGCCGUGUUUGACCCACUGUUUAUCGUUAGCCAGUAUCAUAUUAUUUGAAAGAAGUGAGGCUGACGGAAGAAAUAACCAUGGCAUGGUCUGGGGAGCAGAAGAGGUUGGAAAACAAGAAAAAGAACUUGGAUUCAAAGAUUCGGUUCAGUGCGUGGACGCCGAUGAAUCAUGCACCGACGAAUGACAAGGUUUAUGAGGAAAGGAAAGAUGUGUUGAGGAAAUGGUUUGACAGGUGGAAUGACUCACAACGCCGAGCAUCCAUUGUUGAAAUUAUGGAGCGCUGUUCCUUGGGACAGCUACAGUUCAUGAAGCAGAUUGCAGUGUCCAAAUUGCCCAUAGUCUGUCAAGAUUUCGCCAGAGAGCUCCCAAGGGCCAUCUGCCUUUAUAUCUUCUCAUUUCUGGAUCCCCGAAGUCUCUGCCGAUGUGCACAGGUUUGUUGGUAUUGGAAGUACCUUACUGAGCUGGAUCAGAUAUGGAUGCCCAAAGCACUGCGGCUAGGCUGGUACCUUACCUUCUCCCCAAGUCCUUAUGAGACAGGUGUAUGGAAGAGACAUUACCUGGAAAACGUCAGGAGCUUACAUUAUGUGAAUCCCAAGGAAUCAAAGGUGCCAGCCAGUUUAGAAAUGAAUGGUAAUACGACAGAAAGCCCCAAAACUGAGAAGACAAGUAAACGGGCCACACCCAAGCUGAGGAGCAGGCCCCCAAAGCCCUUGGACCACAAGCCGUGGAGGGUGAAUGACCCGGUGGCUGACAACCUACGGAGGAAUAACUACUUGGACAACCCGGACGAAAUCCUCCAGCAGAGGCAAAAACGUCUUGAGAGGAGCAAGCAUGUGAGAGAACGCCGCAACUCGGCCUCAGCCUCAGAUCUGACAAAGGACUCAGAAAUGGCAGUGAAGAAGACACGUGCAUCAGUCAACAUGGCCUACAAACUCAAGAAAGCCAAGUCCUCAUCCAAUAUUGCCGGCGAUGAUAAGCCAGCAUCCAACCUGGCUCCUGACAGACCCAUGUGGGCCCAGAAUGUGGGAAACUUGCACCCUGAUAUGCUCGUAACGGCCAACACCGUCGGGGGUAAGGAUGCCUCAAGACGACCCCCACCCCUCACCAAGAACAUCCCACCCUCGGCUGCCGUUAGGAGAAAUGAACGAGACUUACCAGAGGGCGAUCUGUUUCCAACUCGAGGAUGGCAACAAAUUGAUGUUUCUGAUGACGAAGGAUGAUGUUUCUCAGUGUCAGUGUUAACGUUAAUUUUAGCUUUGCCGAUUCAUUCACAGAAACAGGUACAUUAAGAAAUCAUGAAGCGUAGAGCUAUAAUGACAGCUUGUCAGCAAAUGUAAAUCAAUUUUUUGCAACCACAAGAACUGAACAGUAUAUAACUUUACUUUUUGUCAUAACAUGUGGUUAUGCCAUAAGAUGUGGUUACCGGUGGUUAGAAUAUGCAAGGUUACGUUUCAGAGUACUUUGAAAAUGUUAUGAUCGGUAAAGGUGUUUUGAAGAGUACAUCAUGGUUUAACUGCUGGAAUACUUUUUUAAGAUUAUUUAUUGCAAUGUACAAGAUGUGUAUAUAAUUGUGCCUUUGAAAAUUACAGAUUUGGUGAUUGGAAAAUAAGCUUUUCAAAAAUUCUUCCUUAAAUUAUAAUUACAGUGUAUUGUCACUCUAGGGAAACAUUGAAAUGUUUUGGAAGCUGACAGUUUGUUUUAAACUUUCUGUUAAGAGAUGCAACCAAAAUGGCUUACAUAUUUUUAAGGUAAUUACAUAGGUUUUCAAAGAUGCUGGAGAGUUGGAAGAAAAAAAAUUGUAUGGCCUAACAGUUGUAUCAAUAGUGUUGUAGCAUCUUAAUAUCUUGGACUUACACAAUUCAAAAACUAUUUCGGAAAUCAUUGGCAAUUGUCAGCAUGGUAAUAAUGAUAUUUAUGUUAUGAAAGCGUGCUGUUUGUACAUGUAGGCCCUCACACAUUCCUACAAAUGGCAGACUGAAAAUGAAGCACGUCUGUUGAGUCUUAGGCAAGCUGGACUUACAUUGGUCAAAUUCACGCUGGUUAAGGAUGUCUAGCUGUUGGUUUGUAGCCCGCCUACAGAGGUUGGUCACGUACAUGUAUCUUAGACAUGUCAUGAUGAGAUUUGAAAUGCACAUGUAUAUCAAACCACCCUUGAACCAGUGGUCUUCGAUCAAGCUUGCUCAACGCUUGCCUGAUAUUGGUAUUCUUUCUGUGACUUAUUGGCAGAUACAGAUGUGAAAAUGCAAACCUACUUCUGGUUAAUCAAAUUAGUCUUUAAAAUUUCUAAAGAUAAGCUUACUACAUUAUCUUGUAAAUCAUUUUUUUAAAAGAUAUGCUUUUAGUGCAAUGGUGAUGAGGGUAUUCUAGUUUAACAGUGUCAAGAAGUGAGUUUUUAAUGUCUGACUUCUUGAAUGGUAUGAUGCAGUAUUUUGUGCCAUACAAGUCUCAUGAAGGAAAAAAAUGGUACACAGCUGAAUUUUGAUCGUUGUAAAUAUGCUUAGCAUCAAUCAAAUAAUGAAGCCUAAGUUCUACAAGGUUAAAUAAACGAAUGGUAUCAAAAAAGAAAA